CACUACUUUCAUAGUUGGAUGGAAUUGAGGCGAACCGGAUCCACGGUCCCUGCCGAAUGCGCGCUCCCGACGCAGGGAUACAAAUUCUGUCGGGGACAACUACCUUGGCACGUCACCUGUACGUAUGGCAAGGAGUUUAUUAAUGCAUGGCUGGGUGAGAUGUGGAUAACGGUUGUUACCUCAGUAUUUCUAAGAUCCUGAUACCGGUGCUGGAACCUAACCUAUCCAGUUCAGACCCGCUCUCAGAGGAUCUAACCUGAUUGGACUCCUCAUCCUCAUCCACAGCCCCCCUGUCCCUUCAGCCCUCUCCCGAACAAACUGCACGAACCCCUGGACCCCUGGCUGGACGGCGGCUUCGUACAGCAGCUCCCCUGCACAUGCACGCGCAUACACGUGCGCAGUUUAUAUUUGAUCUAUUGGAUCUGCAAUCUGCAAACACAAUAAGCAGACCCAGACCCAACCUGGCGGCUCGAACCGACGCUCCAGCCGCCAGACGCUCCAUCUCUGAUUCACACAGCAACCCGAAAGCGGCUGACUGAGAAGCUCGCAGCCUGUGCUUGUGGAGGGAAACUUCUGACUCUCAAAAACUGCUGACGUUGAGAGGAUCCACCAGGAUGCCAAAAGAGAAGAAGAAAACAGCACUUCUAUAUCUGAAAUUCUGCUUCUGUCGGAGUUCAACAGCAGCCUCAGGGCUCUAAGUUAAAGCCCCAACCGAGCCAUCCUCUUCCUUCCCUGCGUUCCUCUACCUGCCAUGUCGAACGACACCACCCUUUGGGAGGCCACUGAUUGGGUGGACACUUCCCAGUGCCUGCCCUCAGUAGGUGGGGCUACUUUCCUGAUUGUAGCAUACAGUGCAGUCAUCGCAAUUGGGCUGCUGGGCAACGCAGGCCUUGUAUUUAUCAUCACCCGGCAACAGGAGUUGCACAACGUCACCAACAUCCUGAUCGCCAACCUGUCGUGCUCGGACAUCCUCAUGUGUGUGGUGUGUCUGCCGGUCACUGUAAUCUACACUCUGAUGGAUCGUUGGGUGCUGGGAGAGGCCUUGUGUAAGGUGACUCCCUUUGUUCAGUGCAUGUCUGUGACAGUGUCCAUCUUCUCCCUUGUGCUCAUCGCCCUGGAGCGUCACCAACUGAUCCUCCACCCCACCGGCUGGUCCCCUGCGGCUGGCCACUCAUAUCUUGCAGUCGGACUCACAUGGCUGGUUGGCUGCUUCAUCUCACUGCCCUUCCUCUCCUUCAACAUCCUCACUAACGACCCCUUCCAGAACAUCAGCCUGCCCUCCAACCCAUUCAGGGACCACUUGAUCUGUAUGGAGUUGUGGCCAUCAGAUAAACAUCGCCUUGCCUACACAACCUCGUUGCUGAUCUUCCAGUACUGCCUGCCGCUCCUUUUGGUGCUCCUUUGCUACCUGAGGAUCUUCAUCCGUCUGAGACGACGCAGGUCACACAGCUAUACUUUCCCUCAUGCACUUCAAAAAUCUUCUCAUCACAGGGACAUGCUGGAGCGCAGCAGAAGGACUCGAGGAGCCCAGAGGAUUAACAUCAUGCUGUUAGCCAUUGUCAUCGCCUUUGCUCUGUGCUGGCUCCCUCUGAAUGUCUUCAACACUCUGUUUGACUGGCAUCACCAGGCCCUACCAGACUGUCAGCAUGAUGCUGUCUUCUCUGCUUGCCACCUUACAGCCAUGGCCUCCACUUGCAUCAACCCCGUGGUGUACGGCUUCCUCAACAGCAACUUCCAACGGGAGCUAAGGACAACACUGCAGCGCUGCCAGUGUGGCACUCGGGCAGGCGAGAGCUAUGAGAGCUUCCCUUUGUCCACCGUGGGCAGUGAGGGCAUAACAAAAGCCACAUCCCUCAACAGGAUGGGAUCAGUGUGUGUCCCCUCACCCAGGCCUGAGAUCAGCUCAGCGCUACUAUCCAAAACAUUACCAGCUAACUCCUAAUAAUGCUGAUCACACAAUUCCUUGCCAAGAUUCCAGCUGGGGAAUGGUUUUUCAUGACCUGACUGAUAAAGAUCGCAAACAAGCCAUCACAAAGAACUGCUGAAAAAACUGUGAAGAAGUCCUACGCUGUAGUCACUUGGAUCUGGCUCUAAUACUAAUACCCGCUAAUGUUUAACAGCUUCUUUUACAUGUUCUGAAUGUUCAUCAUCAAACAAAGUUGAAGAAGUUUGUGGAUUUAACUUGGAGUCAAAAACACAAAAAAGGAGCAAGCCAAACCACCUGGACUUUCCCAGAACUCCCCAGAAAAUAUUUAGUUCUCCAGUUACAAACAUUAUGACGGGCAAGAUUUAAUACCAAAGUUGUUUCAAGGUUCGUGCACCUACACACAGUAGAACACCAUUUGUAUGUCACAAUGUAUUAGCUAAAUUUCAAGCUACUGUGAAAAACAGUAGAUACGAUGAUUGUAUUAUUCAUUUCAUUUGUGUUAGGACUGAGAUGUAUACUAAUUAGAGAUACACUCCUGAAGCUUUGGUAAUCAAUCAUUAUGUGCAUUUUCUUUAAAAUACCUGGUUCUUUAAUGAAAAUUCACCGGUACAAGCCUUUGGUUACGCACAUUACAACAAAUUUGUUACUUUUCCAGUUGAUUUCUGAGUUAACAUUUAAAUGAAGCCAACUUGGAGUUCCGCCAAGUAAAAGCCUAGUUUUGCAAACUGUCAAAGUGGGAGCAGACAAGUUAAUUUCCAGAAACUGAGGUGUUCACCUUUUUCACCUCAAGUCUCCCAAUGUUUUUUAUGUUUUCAAAAGUUAAUUCAGUUUGUCAACACUAAGCAACAAGCUGCACUUCGAAGUGCAAGAUUGUUAAUUGCUUUAGCAGUGUUGGUGGUUUCAUCUGCAAACUCUGCUCUUUUCCUGUUUGGGGUUAAAGUUCAUUAAGAAUAGACAGAGGGAGCGGUUAGGACGCAACCCUGCAAGAAGAGGGCGUUGAAGAGAAAAUGUGACUGCCAAUCAUUCCAGAGGACUGUUUGUGAGGAGGUCCAGUACCAUGUUAUACAAACUCAGAAAUUUGUAUGCCAGCUUAUUUGAAGGCAUUACAUGUACUGAAUGCCCAUCAGAUAUUAGGUCAUAACUCUAUUUUGAAUGUCGUGAAGACAGCUUAAUUGCAACUUGGAAAAAGAAGUGAAGCAAAAGUGAAACCACAACUUUGCACACACUGAUUGUGAUAUUGCACUUUAAAAUCUUUUUCUGCAUGUGGAAAUCCUAGUUGAGAUUUUUCAGAAACAACUGGUCGAUGAAAUAAAUAACAAGCAAAUAAAACACCUGUAACUGUUAUUUGACCACAAUCACCUUAUUAACCUUAUUAACAAUUUCAGUUAAAGAUUAAGCUUCCUACAAAGUUUUACAAUGAAACAGAACAAGUUAACUGUUUAUCAUUAGCUACAACUGAUGCUGUCUGAACACCUCCACUUGGAGUAAUGAGGUAAAGAAAGGACAUACCCGUACACUUCCAUUAAAGUGCCAUGAAUUUCUUUUAACUCUUACCCUGUUCAAAUCCUGAACUACCAUCCAGACUGGGUCAUCUGAUCCUGCUUGAACAUUGCUGAAUAUUGGUGGGAACAUACAAAAUGUUCUAAAGAACCAUCUGGGUGUCAUACUAGUUAAAAUCAUCAGAGUAAUUUUGCUGAAACUGAGCUUUGUGAAGUCACAAUAUAUUCAUCUUCCCAUGACUCUCAUAUUGCAUCUAUUGAACUGCAUAAAUAAGGUAAUCAGAGUUUUGUAUUCAACAUAACUCCAGAAAAAUGUAAUGUAGGUAAAUCUAAACAAUGUUAAUUUUAAAUAUGCAGGGGAUUGAAUGUAUUUAUGAUUUGACUAUAACAUUAUUAGAACUGCUAAUGGUAUUGACAGCCCAUUGGUGUGAAGUUGCUUUGUGUUUACUUACAGGUAAACUGCGUAACUUUGAUCUGAUUACCAGUACCUGGUGAGUACAGUCAUAGUAAGCCUUUUCUACUUGUCCCUGGUUUACCCAGGAUGUAUUUUAAUGCCAAGUCUGAGCCGGGGCAAAUUGUAAAUUAAAUCUUCAUAAUAAUGUAACCCAUUGACAAGCUUAGUGAGAACUUUGAAACACUUGAGAUUAUUAGUGUUUAUUUGGAUGCAGUGGUAGAACUUUAGUCACCAUCAAUGUACUGUAUAACUUUACACUGUAGAUGCUAUUUAUUGUCUUCUACUAAGUUAUGUAUUUGCUGUUUGGAUCAGACUUGAAUCACUUGAGUUUCUGAGUAUUAAAUAGAAAAUGUUUGUGAUUAUAGAUGUUUCUCCUUUUGACACUCUUCAGCCUUACUUUGUCUGAAUGAAGUAAAACCUUGUUGUGUUGUUUUAAAUGUUCCUCGGCUACCAUGCAGAGGUUUAAGCAACUAUAACUAAUAAAUUAAACAUCUAU